AUGUCUCUUCACUACCUCCCUCCCACCUACCAGCGCGCCAAGGCUGCCAACACCAAGGAGGAGUUCCUCCGAUCCCGCGAGGCUUCUUCCGCUGCUGUCGCCUGGGGAACCACCUUCGUCGGCUCUGCCCUUCAGUCCUACGGUGUAGGCGCUCUCAUCAACGCUACCGGAACUCUCAGCUACAAGGGCGCCGCCUACCUCGGCAGCCUCAUCUUCCUCGCCACCUCUGCUCCUACCUACAUCAGCCAGAUCUUCACCGAGAAGCGUCCCUUCGAUACCGUCGGCGUUAGCAUUGCCGCGAAGCUCUUUGAGACUGUUGGCCUUUCCGUACUACUCACCUGGUGGGAACCCGCACCAACCCCUUUGACUAAGGGAGAGGUCUGA